AUGCGGCCACACUGCACUGUCGACGCGCAAAAGACAAACAAAUACUUUAUUAAAUGAAAUCAAUUAAAACUUAAGUAUCUUUAUUAAAUUAGUUAAAUUAAAUAAAUUCAAUUUUAAAACGAUGACGUGUGGAACAUGUCGGGGUCACAAGGAAAGGAGUGUGAAGUGCCUUAUAGCCGCUUUGGACACAAUCAAAGAGCACGCCUUAAUGAUGCAACGGGAUUCCGAGGAGAGCGCCAAGACUAUAGAGCAGCUUAAGAUCCACAAUGAAAAGCUGCACAAAGCCUUGGACUUACUGAAGGAGCGGCAGAGCUCCUUGGUUCGUGCGGAGAAGCGCAGGAAGCUGUCGCCGAAAAAAAUUAAGGAAGACAUUUCGCCGCAGUCACAAAGCCAAAACUCCUUGAACAUGAACAUAGCCAUCAGCAAUAUAGAUCUCUCCGACGAGGAGCAAGAAAUGGAGGAGGACGAGAGCAUUACCGAAACGGAGACCACUGUCCUAAGCCCGCGCAAACUGAGAUUGCCAAAUCGGAAGCCGGACAUUCGGGAUCUAGAAAAUGUGCAGCCAAACAAUGUUUCUGUCGGGGGGAAUAGUUGGACCCGCAAGACACCCAAAAAUCAGGGAGUCCUCACAAAGUUAUCACUCACGCACAAAAGUAACAACUUGCACUUGAAGCAAACUCGCCUCAAAUUCGAAGCAAAUAGGACGAGCACUAGUGAAAAGGAUAUCAUAGAGGACAGUCCCAAUUUAAGCACCAGCCUGAAAAGAUCUAGGCCGCCAAGAUCUUUUAUGCAGAGCCAAGCUUGCAGAACAGACAUCGAGAGCGUUACAAAGGCAGACGCCUUGCUUACUACCACCAGCAAUAGCGUAGUCAAGACCAUAAAGCCAAGUUUUCAGUUGGACGUGGACGAGUUUAAAAUGAAUAGCUCGGAGAGUCAGAUAAUGCCCCCACCGGACACGCCUCCAGGCCUAAGGAUCAACAACACCUCAGAUAGUGUAGUUUUAUUGACUCCCGCUACCCAGGAUAUAAUCUUUGUGAAUGAUACCCCCGAGGAUGUAACCAAACUGGGCACGAUGGAUGUUCUGGCCGAAAUUAUGAAGGAUGAUGACGAUACCUGCUCGAGUGCUUUAAGACAAUACGAAAAGGUUAUGAUUGACCAGCAGAAGCACAUCCGACCAAAUCUCCUAAAAGUGGAAAGCGUCCUUCCAAUUACCAAAGUUAUGAAAAUUGAACCUAUAUCCCAGCCAGAAACAGAUGUAGGCAACGAAUCAACAAAACUGCCGGAGGAUAUUGAAAAGUAUCUUAUGGAUAUCAAAGAAGAGGACAGCAAGGAUUCGGAGGAGGAGUUUCCGCGACCGAUUUUGAUCAAGGAGGAACCUGAGCUGACGGUCAAGGAACGUUUCAACAUUGAAUGCGUCGAAUGCGAAAAGUUCAUCAAUUUUAUGGGCUCAAAUCUGACUGACGCGAAGAUCAAAGAUUAUUUAGCCAAGUGCCGGCAUGAAGACGCUCGUAGUUCAACGCCUCCGGGAUUCUGGAAUCCCCACAUGGUUUCCUUCGCAGAAGGCGAUCCACGUAACGAGGUGUUGAUAGACACUCGAUUUUGGGACCAGAGAAUAAACAAAUGACAUUUAGGCAAUCAA